GAACAGAGAGAGACGAAAAGGAAGGAGAAGAAGCAGAGAAGAGAGAGAGAGAGAAAGGAGGGGUCCAUUAAAAACCAUUGCAGCAUUUCUCGACAAGCGUUUACUCGACAUUAGAUAGAGAGAGAGAGACAAAAGAGAAAAGCUUCGAACAGAGAUGGAUUCAAAGACAGAGAUUCUUCGUUAGAGAGAGAGAGAGAGAAAAAGAGGAUUAUUAUGAGUUGUAGGAGAGUGCUGAAGUCGAUACAAGCCUUGUCGGCUCAUACUUUACUCUUAUGUUUCACGCUCUUGUUGGUUCUUAAGCUCGAUCACACCCUCUCCUCCUCAUGGUGGAUUGUAUUUUUGCCGCUGUGGGCUUUUCAUGCAGUUGUUGCAAGAGGAAGGUUCUCCCUUCCUGCUCCUGUUGCUCCCCGUAACCGUCAUUGGGCUCCAUGUCAUGCUGUUGUUGCCACACCUUUGCUUGUAGCAUUCGAAUUGCUUCUAUGUAUAUACCUCGAGAGUUCUUAUGGUAGCUGGCCACCAGCUGUGAGUUUGAAAAUUGCAUCUCUACCGUUAUUGGCAUUUGAAGUAACGAUACUCAUAGACAAUUUGAGAAUGUGUCGAGCAUUGAUGCCAGGAGAUGGCGACAGCACUAAUGAUGAAGCAAUAUGGGAGGCACUUCCUCAUUUCUGGGUGGCUCUCUCCAUGGUGUUCACGCUGGCUGCUACAUUCUUCACCCUCCUAAAGCUUUCUGGUGAUAUAGCUGCUCUCAGCUGGUGGGAUUUAUUUAUAAAUAUUGGAAUUGCCGAGUGCUUUGCUUUUCUUGUUUGUACAAAAUGGUCCAACCCAGUGAUCCAUAGAAGCUCACGCGCCAGAGAAACGGGGUCGUCUUCUUCCACUGUAAGAUAUCUCGACUGGAACAGUGGCCUCGUAGUUGCUCCAGAAGAGGAUAGGCACCAAGAUAGGUUUUGUAGUCUACAAGAUAUUGGUGGUCACAUGUUGAAAAUACCCGUCAUUGUAUUUCAAGUUGCUCUUUGCAUGCAUCUAGAGGGGACUCCUGAAAGAGCUAAGGAUAUAUCUAUCCCGGUUUUGUUUUCUCCACUAUUCUUACUGCAAGGGCUUGGUGUUCUCUUUGCUGCAUCUAAGCUAAUAGAGAAGAUUGUCGUCUUAUUACGUGGAGAAGCUGGACCAGGAUUCUAUUUUAGAUUUUCAUCUAGAGCCCAUGAUUGCUUGGGUUUCUUGCACCAUGGUUCCAGGCUAUUAGGUUGGUGGUCCAUUGAUGAAGGAAGCAGGGAGGAACAAACACGACUUUACAUUGAUGGAGAAUCUGGUUACAAUACCUUCAGUGGUCAUCCGCCUGAGAUAGUUAAGAAAAUGCCAAAGGAAGAUCUUGCUGAAGAGGUGUGGAGACUUCAAGCUGCUCUUGGUGAACAAACCGAAAUCACAAAAUUCAGCCAGCAAGAAUAUGAAAGACUGCAAAAUGUAACUUUUUGUUUCCUUCCUCCAUGCUCUCUCUGUGUUUCCAUUAUUAGUUGUGGUUGUUUUUUUGGUGUUUUCUUUAUUGGUUUUUCUUUCCUCUUUCGCUUAAAUCUGUUCCAAAUCUGUCUUGAUUCCAGGAGAAAGUGCUGUGUAGGGUUUGCUUUGAAAGAGAAAUCAGUUUGGUACUGCUUCCAUGUAGACACCGUGUUCUCUGCAGGUAUGAUACUUACUUCAACAAUUUUGCAUUUAUCACUCGAUUCAUCUGGAUUUUACUAUAUAAAGAAACUAGGAUUAGAUCUCAUAGAACUCCAUACUUAAUGGAAAUACUAGAAGUUUGAACAGCUUAUCUGGCCCAUAACAUGAGUUCAUGUUUUCUUUCUGUGCCAUUUUUCUUCUUCUUUGCAGACUCUGUUCAGACAAGUGUAAAAAGUGUCCAGUAUGUCGUAU